UCAUUUUUAAAGGGUUAAACUAAGAGAGUUAAAUUCUGGCUUGUUACUGGGAUGCUUUCAGAGAGGCUUCCUUUACUUCUCCCAGCGACGCCACCUAAUCUCACCUGCACUCCAGCACUCUCCACACUUUCCUUCCUGGUUCUAGGUGAAAUGUCCCAGUGGGCAGGGACCAAUGGGCUCCUUGCUUUCCGGCAGCGGGGCGGGACCUCGAGCCUGCGCUUCCGAGCCCCGCCCCCCGUACGUGGCGUGCGUGCGUGUGCGUGUCGCUGUGCGACACGGCCCGGUUUCCCCAGCGCGUGGCGCCCCCCGGCGGUAGCGAGGCUCCAAUGCGACGGCCUGACCCGGGCGCCUGCCAUGGAGCCGCAGAAAGAGGCGCGAACGCUCUGCGAGCCCGCGGUGCGGCCGCCUGCGGCCUCGCGGUCUCAGACGCCGAACGAGGAGGAGCAGCGGGAGGGCGGCGCAGCGCCGGCGGCGGCGGCUGCCUUGGACGCAGAGGCGGACGGCGCUUGUGCGGACGGGCUGUGGGAGCUGCCAGUGGAGCCGGCCGAGCGGAGGCCCGAGUGCAGCCGCUGCAGCCGGCCUCAGAAAGUGUGCUUGUGUCCAUUUCUACCAGUGCACCCUUUGCAUAUCUCUACCCACUUGUAUAUAAUUCAGCAUCCAGCAGAGGAAAACAAAGUGUUGCGGACAGUUCCUCUACUAGCAGCAUGCCUCCCCCAGGACAAGUGUAAAGUAAAGAUUGGUCGUCGCUUCAGUGAAGAAAGAGAUCCUGAACUUUCAACUGUUUGCCGGAAGUCUGGUACAUUAAUAUUAUAUCCAGGAGCUGAUGCUGCUAAUUUGGAAGAAUUUGUAUUAGAUUCUCCUGUUUACCCUUCCACAAUCAUCAUCAUUGAUGGUACAUGGAGCCAGGCUAAGGACAUUUUCUAUAAGAAUUCCUUAUUCCGACUUCCCAAACAGCAGGUACCUGUGAGGAAAGGGCCAGAGCCCGAAGAGGAAUUUUCAUUGUGACAUUGAGUUUAAGAUUUCACCAAAAGCAUGAGCUAUAAAAGAACACAUUGAUUUGGACUUUGGCAAAAUUAAAAACUUCUUCAAAAGACACAAAAGGUAUAUGCAUUAAGAGAACGAAAAGGUACAGACUGAGAGAAAAUAUUUGCAAAGCAUGAUCUGAGAAAGAACUUGUAUUCAGAAUAUAUAAAGAACUUGCAGUACUUAGUAAUAAGAAAACAAGCAUCUCGGUUAAAAAAUGGGUAACAGUUUUGAACAUACACUUUAUCAAAGAAAAUAUAUAAAUGGAAAAUAAUCAUAUGAAAAGAUGCCUAACAUGAUUAGUCCUUAGAGAAAUGCAAAUAAACCUACAAUGAGAUACCAUUACACACCUGUUAGAAUGGCUAAAAUUAAAAAGACUGUCCAUACUAUGUGUUGGAAAAGCUGUAGAGCAACUGGAACUCUCAAACAUUGCUGGUACUAAUGUAAAAUGAUACUACCACUCUGAAAAAUAGUUUGGCAGUUUCUUAAAGUUAAAUAUACAGGUAACAUAUGAUCCAGCCAUUCCACUCCUAGGUAUUUAACCAAGAGAAAUGAAAGUAUAUGUUCAUACAAAGACUUGCAUGUGAAUGCUCAUAGCAGCUUUAGUUGUAGUAGCCCCAAACUAGGAACAACCCUAAGUCCAUCAAGAGGUGCAUGGGUAAACAAAGUAUGGCAUAUCCAUAUAAUCAAAGACUUACACAGUAAAAAGCAAUGAGCUACUGAUGCACACUGUAGCACAGAUGAAUCUGAAAAUAAUUAUGCUGAGUGAAAGAAGUCAGAUAAACUUGAGUAUAUACUAUAUGAUUUCAUUAUGUAAAAUUCUAGGAAAUUCAAACUAAUGUAUACUGUCAGAAAGUAGAUCAUUGCUUGCCUUGAUGGGGUGAAGGAGCAAGAAGGAGGGAGGGACAAGGAAUAGAGAUUACAAGGGGUUAAUGGUUAUGAGUCAUGGUUAUGUUCCUUAUCUUGAUUGUGGUGAUAGUUUCAUAGGUAUAUCAAAUUGUAUACUUUAUCAAAUUAUAUACUUUAUCAAAUUGUAUACUUUAAAUAUGUGCAGUUUAUUCUAUGUCAAUUUUACUUCAGUAAAGUUCUAAAAAAAUCUAAAGGAAACAGAUGAAAGUGUGCCAUAGCUAGAAAGAUCAGUAGUAUAGUCCCAGACCUCAAAAUUCUUGCUAGGGUAUACACAGUAGUUGCAAAUGAUAUUUUCCAGUAAGUAAGGGUCAUGUUAAAACAUCUGGAAAUUCAACCAUUCUCCUUCAGUCCCAAUCUUUUGUGUACAAAAGGCUAGAGCAAUAUAUCGAUUUGGAUAUAUUGGAGGGAACCAUCUCAUGUGGCUAGAUGAACUCUAUUUGUCUCAGGGUUAAACGAUAUUUAUUGUGGUAGUGUAGAUCUCUGUGCUUGGACAUGAACACAGUUUUCUGAUCAUCCUUAGCUUCCCACAAAAUCACAACCUGGUCCAAGCACAUGUCUGAACUUAGUGCCAAUUAUCCAGGACAAAAGUCAAAUUAACUGUGAAUCUCUAGAAAUCGCUGUGUAGGCCCUUGGAUCAACUAACGUUAUUAGAGUCCAUCCCUGUACCUCAUUUUUUCAGGAUAGAAUAUUAUCACAAAUUUUAUGUUAAAAGACCUCCUAGAAGGUGAAGAAAGUGGCAGAUCCAGGAUUUGAAACCGACAUAAAGCUCUCAUUCUUUCCAGCUGGAAACCAUACAGUUUCCAGCCACUGAAACUGGUCAGAAAAUUUUUUGCUAAUAACAGCAAUUUCAAGUUCAUUUUCCCUAAUGCUUCCUUUUGGGAGAACAACCUGAAUAGAUCAACACCUUUAAAAAGUAGAUAAAAAUAAUAUCUAUUUCUAGAUCUAGAUAUCUAGAUCUAGAUAAACAUGAUUUCUAUUGUUAAUUUGGAUUUCUAUAUAAUAUUAAUUUUUUACCUAAAUUUCUCACUCUUAUGAGAUUAUUGGA